GACAGGCGAGCCAGCGGACGAUCAAGCUGCGAAUGCAGUGAGCAAUCCGCCGACAUUUCCAAUCUCUAACUCCCGAGAGACUAAGAUAUGUUACCAAUGACGUUACUGUAUGCACAAAAGAACAUCAAAAGGAAAGUGAAAUAUAAAAAUACAGAAAAUACUAUUUAAGUGUUUGCUGAAGAAGAAAUUAUUAAAAGAAUUUUGUAUCUUGGCCCUAGAGAGCAGUUGCAGUAUUCAAACACCAACCACUGUAUUCCACAAGGGAGUGAAUGACGAGCUAAAGGAUAUCCUUCUAGCCUGAGACCUGGUGGAGGAUGUAGAGAACUACUGACCUGUUCCACCCAGACCUGGACUUGCCUUUCGUAGUGGAGGUCAACACAUUGGACAUGGGACUAGAGGCCACCUUGUCCCAACGACCUGCCUCGGACCACAGACACAACCACUCCUGAGACACCAGAGAAGGGUUUCGCAAUUUUUUGUCGGUGAGAGAUGAAGAGAGAAGACAUGAGUGAGAGUUGGUGGACCACAGGAUGCAGUGGACUUGGAGCGAGGGUCUGGGAGUCGACGACACUCGGAGGAGGUCGAUGGGGGACGAAUGGACGGAACUGCUCACUCUUUUGAACGAGCAGGGUUGAUUGGUGGAAUCAAACUGAAAAAAUUAUCUACUAAUCAGAAGUUCAGUCUUCAUGGAGGGACACUGAAACAAGCUCUGGAUGAAGAUAAACCUUUGGAUCUCAUCCCUUUCUGGAAGCGGAUGAGAAAGAGUGAAGAUUUCCAAUCUUUCCUGCAUUGGAAGGUUCCAUUGGGGAGCAGAUUCCACUCUUUGAAAAUGUGGUUUGUAUUCUGGUUGUACGGAGUAAAAGGAAUUCAAGAAUAUAUUCGCAGGAACAUGGCUCUAGCUCAUGAAUUUGCAAGUUUGGUACAUCAAGACAAGUGGUUUGAGGUUAUUGGUGAUGUGGUAUUGGGACUGGUGUGCUUCAGAAUGAAGAAAAAUGAAAGGCUCAUUAAAAAGAUAAACAGCAUGAGGAAGAUGCACAUUGUUUCCUACCAUCUUCAAGAGAAGUUUGCCCUUUGUUUUGCUAUAAGUUCUGAAACAAUCAAAAGUAAAGAGCUCCAAUGUACCUGGGAACAUGUUCAAGAGGUUGCCACUCAUCUUCAAGUGGGACAUGAAUAA